AUGUAAACAGGAUUGAAGGCUGUUGAUUGUUUGGUUCCAAUUGGAAGAGGACAAAGAGAAUUGAUUAUUGGUGAUAGAUAAACAGGAAAGACAGCUAUUGCCAUUGAUACAAUCAUCAACUAAAAACCAAAUUUUGAUUCUGGUGACAAGAAUAAAUAAUUAUAUUGCAUUUACGUUGCUAUUGGUUAAAAGAGAUCAACUGUUGCUAACUUGGUCAAGAUUCUCACCUAAGCUGGUGCUAUGAAAUACACAAUCGUGGUUGCAGCCACAGCCUCAGAAGCUGCUCCACUUUAAUAUUUAGCACCAUAUUCUGGAUGUGCUAUCGGAGAAUAUUUCAGAGACAAUGGAAUGCAUGCUCUUAUUAUUUAUUGACGAUCUUUUCUAAAUAAGCCGUUGCUUAUAGAUAAA